ACAUGUGCAUUUGCCGCCUUCCUUGAAAGCUGCUCGUAGAAUGGUUUAUUUGCUAAUGAAAAAUUGAUGGAUAUUUCGCAAGCACACGGUGGAGAUGUUGUCAAUAUUGCAAAUUACUUACUAAAUGAUUUAAAGAAUAGCUAUCAGAUCUGGGAAGAACUAAUUUCAAAAUGUACCAAAUUCCAUUCAGCUUUAAAAGUUGCGACCCAGGCGUCGUCUGCAUUUUUGGAUACAUUUCAAAAAGUGGCAGAUCUGGCUACGAAGACGCUUGGAGGCAGCAAAGAAAUCGGCGCGUGUCUGACCCGAUACUGUAUGCGCCAGAAAAGCCUAGAAUCUAAAGUAAAAUCUAUGGGCAAUCAUCUGGUCACUAGUCUUGCCAACCCUCUCAAUUCGAAAGUAGAUGAGUGGAAACGUAAUUUGUGUCAGUUAGAAAAAGACCGAACUCGUCAAACUAAGAGAGUGCGCGCAGAAUUGAAAAAGGCGCUUUCUGAAGCACAAAAAUGGGAAAAGAAGGCUGCUAAAGUUGGUGUUACUGGUGGUAGUGGCGUGGGACCCGGUGUAGGCCAUGGUAUUAUACCUCAUGCAAAACAUAUGUGCUCCAAUUCUGAAUCAAAUGCAAUUAGUUUACAAACUGCUAAAGCUGCACGUGAAGUUGGAAUCAAGAAAGAAUUAGUUGAAAAUACAGAGAAAUCUGCGAUGCGUUUGUUGCUACUUGAGGAACGAAGCCGGUUUUGUUUUUUCGUCUCUUGCCUUCUUCCAAUACUUGAGUGUCAAUCAAGCAUGUUACAUGAAAUAGCCACUAUGGAUGAACUUAUUAAGACUCUAACAAAAGAAACUGAGUUUCCAGAUCAGUUGGUUGAAGACGUAGAGUCUAUUGUACUGAGGAUGGGACGACGUGAUUUUUCUGCUUCUCGAGGUAGCAGCAAAAUCAUGUCAGUUUUCGUACCAGAUGGUGGAGAUAGGAUAAACAACAUAAAUGAAGUUUUAGGUGGUUUGCUUAUGACUAACGGUAAUCGGAACUAUGUCAAUUCAAGUGAUACGGAGUCUGGUCGUCACGGGGCCGACAUGUUGUCACCAUAUCAAAUUUGCCGCGACUUAGAAACGGUCGGCCGAUGCAAUUCUGUAUGUGACAGUGCUGAUAUUUCUCUAUGUGGAGCCAGUUCACAUAGUGGCAGUGGGGGAAGUAAUUGUCCAUCCCUUUUGUCCCCCGCACGUAGUAAUGUUGCUCAUUUGGGCAGUCGUGAAUCAAGUCUUAUUUCCGUGGAUAGUGCAGCCUCAGGAAGUGGCAAUGCAAAUUCUACAUAUUCUAUUGGAAUGUCAAAUACAAACAUACCACAUUCUGAUCCUGGAGAAACUCAAUUUAAAACUUUAUGUCGACCAGGUCACUAUCGAACUGCAAGUAAUGGAGAUAAUGAUUUUUCAAAAAAUUAUUUAAAAAAUGGUUUCCACCAUGAUAAAAUCGAUUCUUAUAUGGUAGCUAAAUCUAUGAUCGCUUUCAGUGAACAAUCUCAAUUGACUGAUAGUAAUAAUAAUGAUGAUAAUAUCACUACGAAUGGUCAGAACUAUGCACUAAGAAAAGAUGAUGACAAUGAAGUUGAAAAUAUAAAAAUGACUGACAAUGAAAGUAAACUGGAAAUGAGCACUGACGAUGAUGAGAAUCAUGAUGAUAGUAACGAUGAUGACGUUGGUGAUGGUGGUGAAUAUGUUGAAGUAGGCAGUGAUUCUGGAAAUGCUCCUGCGCAUUUAUCAAAUAAUCCUACAUCUCCUUCCUUAUCUAAUUCUGCUAAUCAACAUUUUCUAUUGGAAAACUAUCCACCGAUUACUGCUACUACUACUGAUACUACUGGUGAUCCUCCAAUUCCAAAUAGUGGUCGUCAUACAAUAAGUUCUGCUUAUGAACGAGGAGGUCAUGCUCCUGCACGGGCUUCUAUAACUGCUCUGUCUUUCAAUCCACCCGUCGGCAAAGCUUCUUCCAAAGAUAGUGGUGUUGAUUCGUCCACUGUACUCUACCCGAAACAAGCUGUACCACCUCCAGUCUAUACAAAUCUCAUUCAAUUGGCUCAUGCAGCACAACGUAAAUUUUCCAUGUCACAAUUACCAAUUGUUCAUUCAUAUGAAAAUAUAGAUAGUACAUUAGAUAGAUUUCGUUAUGCUAAAGUUGAUAUGACCAAUCAUAAGCAACAAUUUAUUCAUCAUCAAUCAUCAAGUCGUAAUUCGAUUUCUACAAAUCCACAACAAUAUCAUUAUACAACAAAUGCUUCACCGAAUACUACUAAUAUUAGUAAUACGAAUAAUUGUAAUUGGUCUGUUUCAGAUAGUAUAAAUAAACUUGAUUUAAAUGAUUCCGCUGUCAGUCAAAGUUAUCAUGAUGAAGAAAAAAAGUAUGCUAAUCCUUCAACAGUGUUAAAAUCUCAAGUUAACAAAUUAGCUAUUAGUACAAGUUUAUCUAAUUCAUGUCACAAUUCAAAAAAUUGUCUGGAUAGUGUUUCAAUGUCUGAUGCCACUUCUACUAAUAAUCCUACUUCAGUUGUUGGUAAUAAUGAUAUACAUUCAUAUCAAAGAAGUGGAACAGAUCCAUUCAGUAUGGAAAUGGAUGAACUUGAUCAAGUUAUGCCAGUUAAUAACGGUCAUACUAUGACGCUAAAUAGAAUGUUUUCAAAAUGUUUACAUAAUCAACUAACUGGCACAUUACCUAGUCAUCCAAGAUAUCUAUCAAUAAGAGCACAUGUUUCAUCAGUUAACAGUUGUUUAUGUGUUACUAAUGCUACUGAGUUACUAGGAUGUAAUGAACAGAAUUCUUUCGCUAGUUGUUAUCACCAUAACAAUGAAAGUAUUUCGGAACCCGUUGUAAACGUAAAUUGUGGACAAAGUUUCUUUACACCACAGUCGUUCGUUCAGAAAAAAUUACUUGGUGAAGAAAAUCAUAACAGACACUCACUUCAUCUUAGUCCUUCCGAAUCUAAAGCAGAAAAGGUAAUUGGGAAUAAGGUUGAUCAUAAUGACCAUCUACCUUCUAACCAUAGUUUGAUUGUACAACAAACUUCAUGUAGCCCAAUCAAUUCUUUAGUUUCUCCUUCUGCUGACAAUAGAUCUCCACCACCGCCAAUUCAGCCAAAACCUGUUCAUUUAAAACAUCAUCAAGCAAUAAGUCAAUAUCAUAUCAAUCGAAAAACAGCACCUCGAAUGUCACGUCCAUGUCCACCACCUCGAACUUGUAGUACAUUAAGUUCUCAUGGUUGUUUAGCAAUGACAUCUGGUGUCAGUAUGCCAUGUGAUUUGAAUAUGCCCGAUCCAUCACCAUCAUCGUUAGAUUGUAAAAUUUCUUUUUGUGAGGAUGAUAAUUAUUGUGAAGGAUCUAGUCGUGGUUCAUCACUUACAAUGGCUAGUUCAACAACAAACGAUUCAUUGCCUAGUUCAAAUGGUAGUCCAGCAUUAACAAGUUAUAACUCGAAUCAAAAUAGUACACAAAGAUCAUUUUCAUCAAAUUCGAAUCCAGUGACCAGUAAUGAACAACAAAUAUUAGAGAACAAAUUACACUAUGCAACUCCUGUGAUCAGAAAUCAAUCUCAAUGCUCUACUACUCCAGGUCAAGUGUUCAAUCCGUUAAUACAGUCUACAUUGGCUAGUAAUCAAGUUUGUAUGAAUACUGUCUGUGUGACAACAGGUAUUCCAAACGGAAAUGUUCCAACUCCUCCUCCCCCUCCACCACCACCGCCUCCACCUCUACCUAUGUUUUCACCAGUAUCGCCAAAUAAAUUGUCAACACCCCAUCCAUCACUAGAAGAAAUAACUUGUCCAAAAUCUACCAGUAAGAAUUUAUUAGUCCUUAGUGAUCUAUGUGUGUGUGAAUUUUUCUUUGGUUUAACUAUUUAAUCAUAUAGCCUGAACUGGAUAUAGUAAUUUUUAAAAUCGAACUCAAUGCGUGUGUAUUUAGGUCCAAAGAACGUUGUUAAACAUUUUAGUAUGAUAAUACGAAAAAUAAUAACUUGUAGUAAGGAUAAAAAUGUUUAAUAAUUUUAAUCUAAUAAGGUAACUCUCUCUGAAUGUUAGGGUCAAUGUGACUUUUACCCAGCUAUUCAAAAUGUAAAUAUGUAGAUUAGGUUUCGAACUUACCAUAUAUUGAUUGAUUUUAUAAGAAAUGCGUCAAACUUAAAGCUAAGCUAAAUUACCUAGUCCAAUAUUUCGACGGCGACUUAAAGACUGCUUCAAUAUAUAUAUAGGUUAUCGUAAAGCACUGGAGCUUUUGGAGAAAAGUUUUGAAAAAUAGCAUGUUGUAGGAUGUACGUUCAUUGAUAAUUUGUCAUAAUUUACUAAUACAAGGGAACAUACGACUCACUGAAGGAAAUGAUCUCCAGAAAUCCAAGUAUGCUGACUGACGCUCAAACAGAUGAAUUCGGUUACGAAUCUGAACUGUUCUGGUACUAUUGAGAUCAUGGUUUUGAAAUCAUUGCAUAUUUAGUGAGAGUUGGUAAAUUUAGUUUACGAGAUUAUUGAAGGAGGUUGAAAGCCUUCCUUGAGCGAUCUUGUUGAUUUUGUAAAGAAAUAAUCUGAAACUUCUAAUACCAGAUAUGAGCUACUUUUCAACGGAAGUAGUACCACUGAUAGUAAAGAUUCUGAUGUAAAGGAGAAGUCUAAUGCAGGUUGUAGUACACCAAGAGUAUCUUAUACAAGUAAUAGUAAAGGUAAUUUCACCGCAUAUGACGGAUAUGGUUAACGUGGUUUAUCUUGCUUAAUAUGCUCUGGAAAUCAUUUUCUCGAUCAUUGCCAUAAAGUUGUUAGCAAAAGGAACGAAUUCAUUCUUGAUCAUAAGUUGUAUAAUGUUCGUUUGAAGGCAAACUACCUGGUCGGAAGUUUCUGGUCACCAAGGACGUACUCGGUCGAUGGAUGCAUUUGACAGCACCGUAAUCUACUCCACUGGAAGCAGAAAGUACGGAUGGAUGCCACUGAUCUUAUUCAUGUUAAUACUCCUUAUUUAGGUACAGAGGAAUAUAAAGAGUGCGAGAAUUUAUACUCAGAAAGAAGUUGCUCUAGUCAUAAUACCAGUAUUUUCAAAACACAAAGAAUGGUUUAUUCAGACCUUUGUCUUCUUGGAUAGUGGGAAGAUAUUUAUCUCAUUGUAGAUAAUCCAGUUAACGAGCUUGGCUUAGAUGGGAGGCUUAGCCAGUACCCCUGAAGUUUUGAUAACCAGCCGUCAUUGUCAUGCAAAAAAGGUUACAUCGAAAUUCAUUUGCUAGACUUUUUGUCGUCUAUUAAAGUCUAAUAGAUGUUAACGCACGAAAAAGUACUGAUUGUAUGCAAAACUGUGCCGAAGGCACAUCAGACAGCAUCUUGGUUUCACUUAAAGAACGAAAGCUUUCCAGUAGUAGAAGAUGCAAAUCUCAAUUUGUUAAUUGGGUGUAACACAUCAGUCGCAUACAAUGCAAAACAGAACGUUUGUUUUGAAAUAUUGUAAUAUAGAAGUAUACUAAUGUUGCAACACUUCUCAUUGUAUCGAAGUGAAGAAUAAAGAAUACCACUUAUCGAUUAUACAACCUGAACUUAAAAAUAUGUUAAUAUCACUAUUAACUAUCCAUCCAAGUAGUAAAUCUCGUCAAACGCAUAAAAAAAGAUUGAUAAUUGUCUGCUUUCGUCGUGUGAUUUUAAUUAUUUUUAAUAUAUUCACGUAUAAUUAGUUCAUUUUACUUUGUAAACCUGUACAACUGAAAUGUAAACGGAUGGUCAUUCAUCAUAUACAUCUACGUCAAUUUUAACUACUUUCGACUAUCAACUAGUUUGUUCUAUGGAUUAUGUAGAUUCAGCAAACUUUUUCUUUUUUGUUCAUACAUUUAAAUGUAAUGCAUCAAUAACUACUUCGCUUUUCUAGGUUGGAAAAAAUAAAAAUAAUUAUUGACCAUUCAUAAUUACAUAAUUUUCUUCACACAGGCAUACAUAAAUAAUCAGGUAGCGUUCAUUCUCCUGUCAGCCGUUGAUGGCACCAUACAUUCAGUAUUUCUUCAUAAGUAUUCGCUUAACAAUAUUUUCUUGUGACGAUUUAACACUGUCAUCUGUUUAAAAAAAAUAAAAGUUGACUUUAUCUAGUUCGUUCAAUCAUAACUUGUUCUUGAUUUCACUCAUUUGAGCAAUGUAACUUAAAGUUAGUCAAAUCCAAAUUAUAACUGUCAUACUAUAUUAUGGGUAAAAUACAGUUGAGAAAACAUUGAUGUAUAUGCCAUCUGUAAAUCAUUUGAGUUGAACAUAAGAAUUGUUUAAAAUUCCUGUUUGAAUAUUGUAAUAAUUUCGAUUUUUCAAGGUAGUUACAAAUUAACACUAAUAAUCUAGAUAUUCCUAGAACUAUUCACGAGUUUUCAGUGUGUGUGAUAUUCUUUUCUAUAAAUUAACUAUCAAUCAUUAAAACUACAUUUCUCUCUCACUCUCAAUUUCUGUUCAAUUUUUUUUCUAAGAUUACGAUGAAAAUUUGGCAACUGAUUUGGUCUCCGUAGAAACUGCUAAUCUUAUGUCUGAAUUAUCUUCACAAUUGCAACAACUUGCUGCACGAUCGAACGAUGUAAACUUUUCUCAAUCAACUUAUAAAAGUAGGGAUAUAUUUCACAAGGAACCCAUAAAACACGAUGACUUCGAUCUACCACCACCACCUCCACCUUCUAUGUUUACAGAGCAAUACUGCAGUGAUGUAGUGAAAUCAGAAUGUUCUCCGAUUCAAAAUACGAAUAUUAGUUGUAAUUCCACUACUAGUAUUAUUGUUAAUGAUAAUAAUAAUAAUACUGAUGAAGUGUCUGAUGAUAAUUCCAACAAAAAUUUAUCACCAUUUUUAUUGGCGUUAAAACAAAGUGUGAAACAACGAGCUGACCGUUUAGCUGCUGGAAAUUCAACAAAUAAUCGAACAUGAAGUGAUGCUACAUAUUUUGAUGAUGACCAUCCCAAUGCACUAGCAUUUUUUGUAAUACUUGUUAGGAAUUAAUCUUUGAAAGGUAGUGGAGACAUACAUUUAGGAAUCUGUGUAUAAAGGUGAUGGUGUUGUACCAUAAUCAUUCUCACUUGCUUUCUGGUAAAAUCUGUCGAUAACGUUCGAUAUUUAUCCUUUCCUCAUUAUUUUUUAUCAUUAUUAGGCUCAUCGUCAUCACAAUAAUCGUAAUCAUCAGUGCACUUUUUUAUUGACAUAACGAAAAAUAUACAGCCACAGCAAGAAGCAAAUGUCUUAUAUGCUUCCUACUUUUUUCUUAUUAUUGUUGUGGUUAGUAUUAGUUUUGAUCUUUAUCAUCCUCUGCCGUUUCCAUUUUUGCCUAACUCAUCUUUUCCCCUAUAUAUGUAAAUAUAAAUGUUAAAUUAUUAUUUUGUAUGACAUCAUCAUAUUACUAAUUCUGUUUAGUAAUGUUUCGCGGACAUUUCACAUACACCUAGUAACUAUACUUCAAUAUUAUAAACUGAUGUCAGGCUUUUUUAAGAAGAAAAUCCGGUACUUGUAUCUUUGACCGUUACUAGUAACAUAACAUUGCUUCUGUGUGUUUGUUUCUACGAUCUUUUUUCAUUUUACCAAUGAUAUGAAGUAAGUGUUUUUCAGAAAAGAAAACCGGUCAUUAUCAAAUACGUCCUACUGAUUAACUAGUUGACUAACUGUCUAGUUUAAUAAAUAAUCUAACAAUCUAUUCGAUCUAGAAUCUCGUUAAACAUAUUUCUGGACACAGAUAGACACAUUCAUACAUAUACACAUUCAUGUACAUUUUCAAAUUCAUCUGUUCGUAUUAUCUAUUGUUAAUAAUCCGUUGGAAAUUUCCAUGCGUUCAAAUUUCAAGGAAAGAUUUGUUAUUGUCAUUACUGGCGCUAUUUCUUGUGUUUAUUCACAUGUCUUUUUUUAGAUUAUUUCGUGUUUACAUUUUGUUUCAACAGUUAAAUUUUUGUUGAUGACCGACAGCGUAAGGAAUUUUGUACGCCUUUUCUUUGAACACAAUAAAUCAACCGGGAACAAAUGUUUUCAGAUAUAUUUAAAUUCUUAUUGUUACUACUACUAUUACUACUAGUUUUAACGUUAAAAUUAUUAUUAUUAUUAUUAUCAUACUUUGGAGUGUUGAGUAUCUUGUUCAUAGAGAAUGUGUUGUUGAAAAUGUGUUCUGGUGUCAUUGCUGUAUUGUUUCGUUGUCUUUAUUUGUGUCACUGAAUGUGAUUCAACCAUUUAUGUGUAUGAUUUACUAUCACACCGUGUCCCACCCCUACGUCUGUCUUGCUGUCGAACUGUGUGAUGUAUAUCUGUAGUUGUCUGUAUGCUUGAUUCUUUACUAAUUUCCUUUUAGGUUUAUUGAUAAAUUAUAUUUUAUCAAGGUUAUAGAAAUUUGUUAUUGUUGUCUUCUAUAUUUCAUUCUUUUAAAAAUUAUGUAUUACAGUGUAUCAUUUCCUUGUUUAUCACUUUGUGAGAUCACAUUUUUCAUUCUAUAAUAAAAUUGUAUUUGGUAAUUGUAGAUGGGAAACAAAAAGGAAUGAUUGAAAGAUUCAAGUGAAAAAUGAGGCUCUCUCAUAUACUGUCUUCAUUAAUGACUCACUGUACUCUAAUUACAUGUUCUAUGCAGAUAAUAUUCAUACACACACUACUUGAUAAUAUGUUUUUUUUAUAUACAAAAUGUGUUAAUGUCCACAAAUUGCAUUUUAUUUAUUUAACUUUACUAUAUACAUAUUACAGAAAGAACAAGGAAAUAUUGUGUAAAUUGUU